UAAAGUAAUUUCUUUUUACAAUUUUUUAUAAUCUUUUUUAAUUAAGCACUUGGAAUAAUUACUAAUUCAUCAUGAAUAUUUUUUUUUAGUCUCUUUAAAUUAAAGGAGAUAACAUGAUCUACAUAUACACACAGAUACCUAUAUACUCUCAUUUAAUCAUUUGAUAUGUUACAUUUAUACGCAUGUCUCAUAACACAAGGUAUGUAGCGAACUUCUUUAUCAACGAAAAACGAACAAAAAAUUACUCACGUAACUUCCUUGCUUGAUAAAACACCACGUAUGUACUCAUUUAAGUGCUUACAUUGAACUGACAAAGAAUUCAUUCAGGUGUCAUUUAAAACGAUACAUUAUACCAAGUGUCAUUUGAUUUUUGGAAAAAUUAUAAUAAUUACUGCAAUCAUGUGUGUCGUAUUAAAACGAACAAAUGAAAUAGAUGAUGAAGGAAGAGAUCAUCCUUUUUAAAAUACAAUUGCGUCGUCAUGUAAUACAAAAAGAAGUAAAAUGUUGAUAGAAAUUCACGCGCUGACAAGUACAAGGAGAAUAAGUUAGUGAACUGUGAAUAUUAACGUGUACAAAACACCUGGCGUUCAGACAAAAAUUGUACUCGAAAAUGCCGAGGUUACACAGUACCACGUUAAUAUGUUAAUCGAAAUAUCAUAGAAUUUAAGAACAUUAAUAUUAUAUUGGCACAAAAUGUAAUGUUAAAUUAUUAUUAUUAUUGUUAUUAUUAGCCAAACACAUUCAUAAUGGGAAAAAUUAUACCAAUGAGCUGGUUGAACCAGAUAUUGUUGAUUUUAAGUAUAUUAUGUGUAUCAUUGUCUUUAAUCAUUCAACAAUGGGCAGGUCUCAUACCACUACCAAUUUAUAUUUCUAUAUCAUGGGCUAUUUUUAUUAUAAUAAUGUCAGUAUGGCUUAGUUGUUUUUUGCUUCAACUUACUUUAAAAACAAAUAGCCCACUUAAAAUCAAAUUGCUUCACAAUUGGUUAUAUCAAAAGUUGGCAAAUAGUUUGAAACUACAUAAACCAGAAAAAAAAGAUGAUUCUAAUAGCGAAUCUGAAAAUAAGGCAAAGAGUAGUAAUAUAAAUUCUGUACAAAUAACUAAUGAGAAAAAAACUGGCAAUGUUUCAAAGAUAAAGAAAUUACACGACAAAACAGUUAAAUCUGGUGCAAAAAGUAUUUCUUUAAGAAAAAAGAAAAACGAGGAACUAAAUAAUUUAGUAAAAGAAAUACAUUUGAAGUGUAUAAAUGCUUGGUAUAAAUCCAUCAGCAAUGAAAAAUCAUUCCCUACUGAAGCACAAGAAUUAUUAAGAAAAUUAUUGACCAAACUAUUUUAUAAAAUCAGUUCAAUAGACAAAGUGGUGCUUACUCAUAAAUUGUCAAAUGUGUUCUUAUUACAUUUAAAAGAAUAUUAUAGAGCAUUGCGAAGAGUAGAAAAGGGAACAGCUCCAAACAUAGAGGAAGCAUUCAAAUAUUUACAUCCUGGUUCUCGUAACACAUCAACAUUAGAGCAUAUGCUUCAUCAAAUGGUCACUAUUUUAUCAGAAGAAUUUUUACAAUGGGAAUUAACAAGUUCAUUACCAUGUAAAAUAUUACUAUCUAUAUUAGCAAAAAGAUUAUUAUUAGUCAUAGAAACAAUAAGUUCUCCAAAUUGGUUGUUUCAAAGUUUAUCAGAUUUACUACAACCUAUACCAAAAGAGGCUGCUGAAGUUCUGAAUAAUCAGGGAGCAGAUACAUUACAUACCAAAAAAAUUAUAUCCAAUGCUUUAUCUGAUGGAAUGGCAUCUGCAACAGCAGCUGUAAUUCCACGACCACUUCCAAAACAAAAAUCUGACUCAUCUACAAAGCCUUCGAGUCGGGAUAAAAAUUCUGUAUCUACAAAUGAUCAAAGACCCAUCCUACACUUAGACAAUUUAACUAAAGAAUAUAGAGGUCUUUGGGGUCAAAGUAUGACAGAGCUGGAUUCUGAAGUAGAUGAAGAUAAAAUGUCCCCUGUAUAUGAAGAACCUACAGAUUUUGCUACAACAAUUGCUAGACUUAGAAAUGUAUUACAACAAAAAUCAACUGUGAAUACACCUCUACAUGUGGAGGAAAAGUCUUACGUAGUAUACGAGGGUAGUCAAUUCAUAAAUCUGUCAAUACCUUGGACAGAAUUUCAUACAGCUUUUGAUGGUUCUCAACAAUUACUUUAUUGUAUUCAAUUCGAUGACGUGGAACAACGUGAAGUAGAUUUGUUCGAAACUACGACUGCUACUGUUAGAAGACAAUACCGCGAUUUUGCUCAGUUACAUACUAGUCUACAAGAGAUUCCAGAAUUAGCUCCUAUUAUGCAAGACUUAGUAUUACCAGAGGGUGGCCGCGUUGAAUUAGAGAGUUACUUGAAAACAUUGACAAGGCGUUUAGCUAACGAAUGUCCUUCGCAAUUACGACAUUUUCUACGUCCAAGUAGUAGUGCAGGUAAAAAAGCAGAUGCAGUUGCACCUCGAUUUGAUAGAUUUCUAGCCAAAACUGUAACUGGUGUUUUCAAUACAUUGAGAACGGUUGUUCCGGGUUUUGAGAUUGAACAAGAAGAGGAAACUGUGCCAUUACCUACAUUAAUGCCUUUAUCUGAUAUACCAUGGAGAUUUGUCGAAAAUAUCAAAUCGAAAAGUUUACUGACUGAAUUACAACAAUUAAUAACUGAAAGAACUGAAUAUUCUUCUGUGGAUACAGCAUAUGAAGCUGUUGAUUCAAUGGAAGGUACUGGUAAUUCGGCGUUAUUAAGUCACUGGUGGGAAAUUGUAAAAAAUUCUUAUGAAGAAGAAAUGGAUGAAUUGGACUCUCACUUAAUGUUAACAUGUAUCGCUGUUGAUCUUAUCUGUGAAUUACUAACAGGAGUUGGUAGUACUAAUACCUUACAACAAGAAGCAGUUGUUAGGUGGACAAAAUUAUUGUUUGGAAAUGUCACUGAACCUAUAUUACAAACUGCUAUUUUGCGGGUUUUCGAUUACUUGGGUAAUAUGUCACUUUAUCGUAAUAUACAAAACAAAAUUUCUGAGGAACCUCUAACAGAAUUAAAGGAAAAGUUGUUACAACAGCUGUUAACCAAAAUCCCAAGUGAUAUAAAAUUGAUAUUCGGUGAAGAUGAUAUGUUGAAUAUUUUAAAAUAUUUACUUGAUUCCUAUGAAAUAAAAAAGAUCAAUCUAGACUUAAAUCUACAAAUAGUAGAUGUUUUAGCAUCACAGUUAUUGAUUUCGUGUAGGUUAAAUCACGACGGUGCAGCAUUUUAAUAAUUUUAUUUUGUUUUUAAGUUCAU